AGAAACUGAUGGUAACAACAAAUUUGUGCGUAUCAUGGUCUGAAGACGUGUUGGUACCGUAGUCUGAUUAUCAAUAGCAGAUUAUGAAUUCAGUGCGGAUGAUGCUCCUAAUGAUAAGAACACCGCGGUUGACAGUCAAAGCAUCUUCGAAAGCCGCCACUACUCAAAAUGAAGAGGUGAUCUCUAGUGAGUUUCUAAGAAAGCGCUUGGAAGUGGUUGGCGAUGCAUUCUUGAACUAUAAAGUACAGAGACACAUCAUGGAAACGAUAACAAGCUCUCAACUAGAAGAUGCAAGUGAACUGCAGUCGUUGACUUCCAACGAGGUUAUCGCUAAAAGAGCAGAGCAAAACGGACUCAUCGGACUGGUGCAUUCAAUCACCAGUAGCAACUACUCCUUGAAGAAUUUGCCUUUACUUCUCGAUCUCUCACUGACCGAAUUUGUGAAGUGCAAAUGUCCAAUAACAUCAUUGGAUUCUUGGCAUUACAAAAAGAAAUUUGCAAACGUAUUUGAAAUAUUGGUAGGGCUGCUGAUCGUGCAACAUCAACACGAAAAGAGAGCAUCAACUUUCGUUGAAACAUAUCUUGACAUCCCGAAAAAGAAAAUCAAAAGGUCUCGAAAGUUCAAUCCAUAUAGAACUUGCUAUUCGAUUAUUUCAGAAAAUCAGGAGACAUCUAUUGGAAGUGAUCUUACAUUGAAUUUAAAACACAGAUUCAAACGUCAAGCGUUUCUAACAGCUGCUUUGAAUAAAAAAAAUCCUACUGAAGAGUUCUCAUUUCUGAAGUAUUCAGGAAAUGCUGCGAAUUUUUCGUUGACUCUGAAGUUGCUGGGCGGACAUGCUCUUAGGUAUGUUGUGACGCGCCAUCUUCUUUCCUUUGAGUUUCUAUCGGCCCAUGCCGUGGAUGAAUUGCGGCGAAAUGUUUUGUCUCAUGCGGCAAAGUCAAGAGCUGCUGUAUCAUUGAACCUCCAUGUGUAUGCGAAGAACAACCUGCAUUUGGACUUCAUUGCACCUGAGGCUCCAACACAGAAUUUUCAACUGGGAGCCGCAGUUCACACAGAAGAAACCAUCGAGCCCAAAAAUAGGUCUCUAUCCAGUCUAUUUGACGCUGUAGCUGGCGCUGUUCUGUUGGACAUAAAAUAUGACCUACAAAAAUUUAGAUCCAUCUAUUUGGACUUAUUUCAGCAUGAAUUGACACAUUCAAUGAGACCGUUCCAGGAGAGUGGAAAGAAGCGCUUUCCACGUUUAAACAGCAACAGUGCGAAGAAAACCAAAACUCUGAAUUAACUCGUAGAUCAUCUCCGAAAGACAAAUGUGGCUUUGACGAGUGGAUGUGUGAGUCACUGUUUGAAGAUCGAAUUCAGUGCAUGCCGAGGGAGUGGCUGUGCGAUGGACAAGCAGACUGCAGUGACGCCAGUGAUGAACUCAUUUGUCCCUUCACUCGCAUAUAACACAAUAGCAAACUAAAAACUGGCUCUUUUCUGAUUGCUACCCUCAACCCUCACUCAUGAUUAUUUUUUAUAUAUUUUUCUUGAUUGCUGUUAGAUAAUGAGAUACUUUUUGCUGCCUCGCCCAGUGCUAUGCGAUUUAUAUUCCGGAACAAACUUUUGGCCGCUUUUUUCUAUUAUGAGGGGAACAGAUUGAAAACUAGAUAGCACUAAUGAUCAAUUUAUAUGAAAAGAAAAAAUGUAUACAGGUCGUGCUGAAUGAAGAAAUUGGUAUUAUCACAUUCUCAAUAGAUAUGAGAGGGAAAGCGGAAAAGAGUAAUGAAUAAUGAGAUUACGCUUGUCGUUUUUCAACUUCGAAUUUUAGCUACCCGGUUGUUGCUUAGAUGCUCAUUCAGUCUGUAAAUUUGCUCUAGAAUGAUAUCUAAAUUCAAAUUUGACAAAUUGUCAGUUUUAAGCUAAUGAAGCGAUAGC